GGAGCCAGAGCCGGCGGAGCCGAGCCCAGCGAGCGGCCGCCUCGUCUGCAGGCGGGUCCCGGCACAGGGCCCGGAGGGGCACGCGGGGCCCGGCAGGGAUGUCCUCGUGCGGGGCUGAGGUCACGGCGGAGCUGCUCCCCGAGAGCCGGGCUCCGUCUCACCGCACCACCCCCAGCCAUGGCGCGGCUUCUGCCCCUCCUGCUCCUCGCGGCUCUGGGCGCUGCGGCCAAGCUGAAGCGCCAGCCGGCAGCGUGGGACGAGCGAGCGGACGCCGCGAGGGCGCCGCGGGGCUGCGCCAACCUGACGCUCAUCUUGGACAACUGGAGGUUCGCCAUCACCUCGCAGCUGCGGAACCUUCUGCUGUUCCACCACCACACCGUGCUGCCCGACUACGGCCGGAUCCGCGCCCUGUCGGGGGCCCUGGAUGAACUCUACGAGGACUUCAGCGCCCUCAAGGAGCAGCUGGGGCGGCUCUCGGGGCGCUUCGUUGAGGUGGAGGCCUUCGUGGACCAACUGAGCCGCAGCCCCGGGCCCCGCACUGCCCCCAGGCCCGGCCCGCGCCGCCGGGGGCUGCCCCAACCCGCCCUGAAGUAGCACCAUAGGGCUCAGCCCGAGCCCCACCGCAUCGAUAAUAAAGCCGCACACCCACAGCA